AUGUCUCCGCCAAUCGCCACUUUCAAUGAGUUUGAUGGCUUCACUGCCACCAAGGAGCUGAAGACAGGCGCCCUUGAUGCCAAAAAUGUGGUUUUGCAGGCCUCCAACGAGGACCAAACUCUGCUGGACAGGUUCGGCGACAAAUGGGGUGAUUUCAAAUUUGCUCCCAUUCGCGAGUCCCAAGUCUCUCGCGCCAUGACGAGACGUUACUUUGCGGACCUCGACCGAUAUGCCGAGUCCGACGUCGUCAUCGUCGGCGCAGGUUCUUGCGGCCUGUCCACCGCGUACACCCUCGCGAAGGCUCGCCCGGACCUCAAGAUCGCCAUUGUCGAGGCUUCCGUGAGCCCUGGUGGUGGUUGCUGGUUGGGCGGCCAGCUCUUCUCGGCAAUGGUCCUGCGCAAGCCAGCCGAUGAAUUCUUGAACGACAUCGGCGUACCCUUUGAGGACGAGGGCAACUACGUUGUCGUCAAGCAUGCCGCUCUCUUCAUGUCGACUUUGAUGAGCAAGGUUUUGGCCAUGCCAAACGUCAAGUUGUUCAAUGCCACUUGCGUCGAGGAUUUGAUCACUCGUCCAGCCGCCGACGGUAACGUCAGGAUUGUCGGCGUGGUUACGAACUGGACAUUGGUCACUCUCCACCAUGACGACCAUAGCUGCAUGGACCCAAACACCAUCAACGCUCCCUUGGUCAUUAGCACCACAGGUCAUGACGGUCCCUUUGGAGCCUUUUCAGCAAAGCGGCUUGUCAGCAUGAAUGCUAUAGAAAAGUUGGGAGGUAUGCGCGGCCUCGACAUGAAUAGCGCCGAGGAUGCGAUCGUCAAGGGCACACGCGAAGUCUCCCCUGGCUUGAUCAUGGGAGGCAUGGAACUGUCCGAGCUGGAUGGUGCCAACCGCAUGGGUCCGACAUUUGGUGCGAUGGUGCUCAGCGGUGUCAAAGCUGCGGAAGAGGCAUUGAAAGUCUUCGAGACCAGAAAGGCAGAAUGUGCUGAGUAG